AUGGACGAAAAAGAAAGCAGUGAGGCUCGAUCUCCGAAUGCUACAAUGAAUGACGACGCGUUAAUUGUUAUCACCAUUAUCACUGUCCUAGCAACAUUUUGUCGCCAGUUAUUUGGACUUGAUGUUGAAACAUUACAUUUUGAAAGCGGUUGUUUAUCGCCCGAUACGGGAAAUGUUCAUAUACGUUUAGUAUGUCCAAAUGAAAAUCGUAUUAAACUCGUUCGGCUAAUAUACGGUUAUAAUAAAGAGACAUCGUCUUCAUUAUCAUCACGAGUAGUAGCACCAUUAUUAUCGAUUAGUUCACCAUUAACGGAGAAAUCCCUAUGCUCAUUUAGUAUUUAUGAUUGUAUUCAAGAAGGACACAAUACAAAAGUUUUAUCAUGUAAUGGUCUUGAGACAUGUUCGAUUGAAUUAACGAAAAAUGAACUAUUGAGUACAACAACGGUUGAUAAUAAUAGUAAAUUACCGGUUUGUCAUGAUUUUAAUUAUGUACAGAUUAACUAUGCUUGUGUAUCAGAAAAAAUCACACGAGACAUUUGCGAUAUAUGGAAAGAUGAAUCGCCUGUACUUCAUAUUAGUCAUACGAUGAAACUAAAACGAAAUAGUUCGAAUCGUAGACGAAAACUAAAUAAUGUUAUCACAAUUAAGAAUAAUGAUAAUCGUUGCCACUGUAAAAUACGUUCUUCGUUGCCGAAUGGACAAGUUCUUUUACAAGUGAUUGAAAUGAAACGUGAAGGAAAUGAUGACAUAUUUGGUGUAAAUAAAAAAUUUCAAAGUAUAAAACAACAACAAUCGACUCCGUCACAUGAUUGUAAACAAACAACAUAUUUAGAGAUAGCAACAGAUCGUCGAGAAAGAAAAUGCAUGGAUAUGGCCUCGUCUGGAGCAAUAUUUGGUUCCGGUAGUCAUAAUUUUACAUUGACAUAUGUGCGCGAUACAAAUAUCAACGAAGCCGAAUUACUUUUUUGGUUAGAAGUUCGAGCGAGUCCACCAAAAGCUGAUCACAAUGUACAAAUCAUAUGCAACUGGUCGAAACGAAAGUUUACUUCGACGACAACAAUCACAACAUCAACACUACUACGAAAAAGAAUGACACCACAAAUAAAAGCGCAAACAAUCGACAUGAAUGAAGCGAUAAAACAGAGCCGACUUGAUCUUAUUCAGCCGAAUAAUAAAAAACAAACGUAUCGUCCGAAAUUAAAAUUAUCAACAGAAAUAACAGAAGAAGAAACACCGGCUCGUCUCCAAAUUGAUGAUGAUAACGAUCCAUUUAUUGACGUUAUUGGUGAAUCACAACAAUCAGACGAUGAAAAUGAAAUACCAUCACAUGAUGAUGUUCUUUUACAUAUUGGUAUGGCGGAAAAUGAAAACGAAGGAGGAGACGAGCAACAACAACUAUUGAUUGAAGAAGAAAUUAUAGAAGAUUCAACAACCAAAUUGUACAAACAUCGAAAGACAACAUUAACAUCUACAGUCAGUGUACCAUUAUCAAAGCAACAAGUAGUUGAAUCAGAUAAUCCACAAUGGAAACAAUUGCUUCAAUUGAACGGUAAUCCACAAUUCUCGUAUAAUAAUCGUGCCAUUUUCACUCAAACACCUGUCAUUAUUCACGAACGUCGUUCAUCAUCUACACUUCUUGUUAUUCUUUUAAUUGGCAUUAUAACAACAAUACUUGUUCUCAGUUUAUAUUGCUUGAAAGUCAAACGACCGGACUUUAUUCGACGUAUUAUAUUCAAUGGAAAUGUAGCAUUGUUAUUUUGUUGUGAAGCCGUUAAACUUCUAUUAUGUUCAUCAAAAACAUCUCGAUCGACAACGAUAACUCCAACAAGUACAAUUCAUCGGCAUCCUCCUCACCAUCAUCAACCUCAAUUAGAAUAUCGAACAGAUGAUUAUUCCUAUGAGGAUGAUCUCGAAAGUACCACAGAAACAACAAAUGGUGGUGGUGGUGGUGGUGGUGGUGGUGGUGAUGGCGAUGUUAGAUACGAUAGGUCAACAAAACGACAGAAUUAUCCAACAAUAAAACGUAAUCGAACAUCAAAAACAAAUAAACGUACAUCAGCGUCUAUUUAUAGUAUCGAUAAUGAAUGCGAUUAUACAAGAAAAUACGAUCUUGGAAAGAGUAUGUCUCAAGAUUCUCUUACUAAUGGACAACAUGAUGGAGGCGGCUUAGCUACUUAUUCAUCUGAACGGCCAAGUACAACAAAUUCAAGAAUGAGUAAAAUGUCAUCCGUACGAACAAAUUAUGACCGAAUGAAUGGAGGACGAAUGGGUUUAAAUGAACAUAUUAGACUUGUUAAACAGAAAAAAGAAGAAGCUGAAAUGCUUCGAAUGCAAAAGUUUCAAGAGCAACUCAAGAAAAAAGAACAAAAAUGGCAGCAACAACAACUUGAGCGUGUUAAAAGAUGGCUUCAGUUAAGAAAUCGUGACGUUGAUAGACGUUCAGCAGUUGAAGAAAGAAGGAAAAAACGUGAAGAAGAAGCAAAGCUUAGAAUAGAAGAAUUGUUGAGAAAAGAAAAACAACGUACAGAGCAUUAUCAACAACGUGCCAUAUCACAAGUUACACUUAAUUUGAGAACGAAACCAGAUGUAAUGAGUCAAUCAACAGAUGUUUUAUCAUCCACACGACGUGCAGUUUCAGCAUCGCGUCCUCGACCAACCACAAAUAAUCUAACAGAUAUGACUAAUCGGCGUAUAUUAAAUCAUUCUCCAGUUCCUCCAUCCUCCGGAUCACCAUCUCAGAGCUCGAAUGCAACCAGUUCUCAUCAUCUAAACCCGAUUGAUGAACAUACACAAAAUUCUAAUAAUAUAGUACCCACAUCAACUGUUACUAAUACUACUACCAAUAGCUCGCUAACGGGUUCGCCACGUUCAACAGCACGUUCGACGAACUGUUACUACUAUUGGUUAAAUUUACCUCAUUCAAAUUUUAUGCGUUUAACAUAUGCAGCUUCGUGUCGUUCAAGACAGAGUCGUAGUGUGGAAAGAUGUCCCAGAGCUUGUAGAGCUCGCGAAGAAGCAAUGGCUGCAGCGACUAUCACUUCCAACCGUUCCACUACUUCGACGCCGAAUGUUGAACAACGUCGAGCUCAAAGUGUUAAUCGAUCACAUUUGAACGAUACAAUUCAAAGAUUGUCCAAACCAAAACCAGUGAAAACACCAUCGAAUGAUCUAAUGUCUCAGUCAGUUAAUGUUGGUAUGCCAACAUCUCAGUCAAGUCAUCAAUUACGAACACACACACAACAACAGCCUUCAACAUAUGCUAGUCGCAAUAUCACACGAUCUGUUGUUAUUUCAACACAGUCAAAUGAUCACACGUCAACCCAACGUUCAUCUCCAAAACAACAGAACGACUUACAUGCAUCAAUAACGACAACAUCAUCUGGCGUCGGUUCUUUAAAUGGUGAAAUUAGUAACGAUUUAUCCGGAUCAACAAGAGCUUCAUCUGAUGUUGAUCAACCACCACAACGUACCCUAAAACCUUCGCGAACGUCUAGAACUGGUGCAUCGCCCAAUCGCUCAAGUAAACCGCCAGUAUCAGGCACUCGUUUAAUAUCAAAACCAAAAUAUACCUCAACUACAUCUCAUCGAUCGAUUCCAUCAUCUUUAUCUUCAUCGUCUUUAUCGUCAUCACUUAUCGUACACAGUAACAAUACUUCGAUAGAACGUUUAACGUCGAAACCACAAACGCGAAAGGCGAGUCUACCUAAAAUGGAUGAAACCCACUUGAAGAAAAAAUUUGUUUCAGAAACAAUUAAGACUUCUCCAAAUAAAAUUGUUCAAGCCGAACAAAACGAAUUGUUUGAAACGCCUAUAUUGGAUAAUAAUAAUCACGAUAUAUCAGACACAGCUAACAUUAUAGAAACACCAAUAGAUGCGAUUAUCGAUAAUACGGAGAAAGAUGUUAAACAAGAUAGUAUUCUCUCAGUCGAUGAUAAUAUUGGACAGAUGAAUGCUGUUGAAUCGUCUCAUCAAAAUUCGAUUGAACCCAUCGACAUAAAUUCCAUAUCGAAUAUUAUUAAUAAUACUCAAUCAUCAGUUCCUGUUCAACCUGUAAUAACAAAACGUGGACAACAACAGCUAGAGGAGCAAGAAUACCAGCGUAAAUUAGCUGAAAAACGUCGGGAAGCUAGAGAACGUUUUGAAGAAGCAAAACGUCUUGAAGAAGAACGACAGCGACAAUUAGAAUUAGAAGAACAACAACGGGAAGACGAACAACGAAAACUUGAAAAAGAACAAACGAAAGCGGAACAAGAACGUUUGCAAAGAGCGAUUGGAGAACGUGAACGAGAAGAAAAUGAACGACGAUUGAAAGAAGAGAAAGAGAAGCAAAUAAAAGAAGAAUUAGAGAAACGUCAACAAGAAGAAUAUGAACGUUUGAAUCGAGAAAGAUUAGAGAGAGUGAAACGUGAAGAAGAUGAACGAAAUGAAAGAAGAAAACGUUUGGAUUUAAUUAUGAAACGUACUAGACAAGUGUCCCCAAAAGCGAAAGGAAUAGAGGAAUCUAUUCAAAAAGCGAAUGGUCACAAUGAGAGUAAUGAAGCAUCAUUAGCUACUAUAGAGACGUCACCUAUAGCACCAGAAACAACAUCAUCACUGUCUUUAUCUAAUAAAGCAACAAUUCCACAUUCAUUUUCUGAAACAAAAUUUCCUUCUACAACUUCCACAGAUAACCUUGACGAUUUGUCAAAUACAAAUGGUACAUCAACAGAUACCCCAAAAUUCAAAUCUCCGUUAAUCCAGAAUAUUUUAAAUAAAACUCGUGGUACACGUUCCAAUUCAACAGAUAAUUUAGCAAAUACUCCUUCCACUCCGACAUCAACAGCACUGAUGACAACGAGUAUGAUUGUUGAAAACAGUGUUGUCUCUUCUCAAACUGGUGACAGUAGUUCAGACGAUGAAAUCGGGUCAAGAUUACCUAAUGGUAUUACAAAAAUAAAUUCAACAAGUGUCAAUGAUUUAAAUUUACCUUCUUCCAAUAACUAUCAUCUCGAUAUGUCAUCAAUUAAGUCUUCCAAUAAUUCUCAUCGAUCAAUUGAAACCACAACAUUCAACGAACAAGGUCUCGUGCAACAAUAA